GGGCGGUGUUAAGGCGGAGACAGAGUCCGGCUGGGGCGUGUGCACCACAUCUGGAAUAGCUACGGAGAAACAAGUCGGGAGAAGCAUAACCUCGCUGAAACUCGUCCCAACUCUCAGCACUUUUUUACGGAUACUUCUACGCCUAUUUCUCUACUUGAAAAGAUGCUGCUCUUCCUGCUCGGAGUGCUCAUUUUGCACAUCAGCAUUCUCAUCCUUCUCAUCGUGUCGACGGCAACCAGUGCCUGGUCUGUGGAUGGGUUUAAGACCAUAGAUCUAUGGUACAGUUGCAUGACAGAGAACGGACUCUACCAAUGCAAGCCAGCCAGCAAUGACGACUGGAUCCAGGCCGUGCAAGCCCUCAUGAUCCUGUCCCUGCUCUUCUGCUUCUUCUCCCUCAUUGCAUUCUUGUUUCAGCUGUUCAAGCUGGUCAAGGGCGGACGCUUCUUCUUCACCGCCAUCUUCCAGAUCUUGGCUAGUGUGUUCGUGAUGUGCGCGGCGAUCAUCUACACGGUGAUGAGUCCCGAUACACCCGGCGUAAAAUUCGGCUACGCAUACGUGCUGGCGUGGGUGGCUUUCCCUCUGUGUCUCAUCAGCGGCCUCAUUUACAUCGUCCUGAGGAAGAAGGAAUGAGGAAAGAGAGCGGAGGAGGAAAGAGGAGGGGGUAGUAAGGUGACCCCUUACAACAACAUCACACUGAGCCUACUGCCCACAGACCAUCGACUGACAUCACAAACGAACAAAAGUGCAUGUGUCAUUUUAAACAUUAAAUGGAGACAUUUGUCACUGCUGGGGAUCCAUAUUUGCUGUAUUGCAGUAUCCAAUAUAUCCCCAUCACAUACAGGAAACCAUUACACCUGUUUGCUUUUUAUUGAUCAUGACAGUGUUGCUACACGUUCUCCUGCAGUGACAGAUUGUCUCCAAAAUGUGUUUAUAAGUGUGUUGGCGUGAGAUUGAUUUUUUUGUUGCCUUCUGGCACCCGACGUCCACGAAUCCAUCUUGUGGGAUAGCAAAGAUGAGCAAUCUCUGCCUUACUUCAGUACAAAGAUGUACAUAGUGUCUGUGGUUUUUAGACAUAUUUAUAACAUUUUUAAAUACAUUUUGUACAUAGGUGUUGUCAAGUUAACAUUGUCUUGCUCAUUUAAGUGAUUGAAUCGCUCACAAACUAUGCAGCUGUGCCAAAGAGAUGUCCCUUAGUCUGCCAGAGUAUGAAGCUUUGUUCAUUGUUGUGCCCAAUGCUUUGAAUCAUGUGCCUUACAUAGCGUAGCUGUAUUGUUCUUGAAGGAAAUGAGAAACCAUACAGACAUUUAAAAAGUAACCCUAAGGAGUCUUAAUCUACUCAUGAAGUUUUUCUGAAUUAUCCUUGUACUUCAUAUCCCUUUUUUUCUAGCAUUUUGUAAUCUAGUUUAAAAAAAAAUGGUGCUUUUUAUCUACUAUUCUUGUAUACCCUAUUUUCUGUUGCAACUAUGUCAUGUCCUGUGAUUUAUUUGCUAUGUACAAACCCCAGUUUGAUUUUUGUCAGUAUUCUUCAAAAUAAACCCUUUGAAAUAAA